UUCAAAUCACUGAUCUUCUUAUUAUAGAAAUCCUAGAUCUGCUUUUAUAUCAAGGUUUUGGUAGCACCUCAUCGGCAAGCUUAUAUAACCUGAGGUAGAAAAAGUGUAUAAAAUAUAAGAGUAGAAAAUCAGUUAGAUAGAGUUGAGCAAAGUGGAUCCAAGACAAGGGAAGAGGCCUCUUCCUUCUGAUCAUGUAUCAGAGGAGAAAAGGGUAGCUUUUAACUUUCUUGUUCACCAAACACCAUCUGAGAAUCAAAAGGAAGAAGCUUCACCAUCACCCUUUUCACAUCUUAUGAGUACCAACAAUAGCACCAUCUUCCCAACCUCACAUGGGCAGAUAAACACUUCUGAAUUUAUUGAGAGGGAAGAAUCAUCUCAGCCUAUACCUCAAGGCAAUGCAAGAAAGAGACAUUAUAGAGGUGUUAGACAGAGACCAUGGGGAAAAUGGGCAGCCGAAAUAAGAGACCCUAAAAAGGCAGCUAGAGUGUGGCUUGGCACAUUUGACACGGCAGAGGCUGCAGCUAUUGCUUAUGAUGCUGCAGCAUUGAAGUUCAAAGGAAACAAGGCCAAGCUCAAUUUUCCUGAACUAGUUACUAUGGAAGUGGAUUCAUCAACUAAUAAUGCUUCAGCUUCUACACAUUCUAUUCCUGCACCACCACUUGAUGAGGUUCCACCACCGGUUGGUCAACCUCUUCCCUUAUCUUAUUCAUCAGAGGAAGGAUUUCCAAACCUAAUGCAGUACGCACAAGUGCUUUGUAGUAGGGAUGAUGAUGAUCUUCAACGUGCUGCUUCAGGUCUUUACUAUCAUCAUCACAAUGAGCCUUAAUUUUCUUUAUGAUGAUGAUUCAACACCUUUCUUCUCAUUAUCAGCAAUGCCUCCCUCUAGUACUUCUAAGGUUGUUGUGUCUGAUCAAUAUCAGGCUCAAGAUUAUUGUUCUUCUAGUCCUUCUUUAGCACUGUAGGAUCAACAUAAGGGCAGUUUUUGGUAACCCCAUUUUCUCCAUUGAGAAACUCAAAUUUGUAAACUCUUGAUUAAGAAAAAUAAAAUUUUUACUACUUGAAUCAAUAG